AUGAGGAUCAGCACAAGGUCCAUAACCUGCCAUCCAAACCCAUCUACUCGACCCGGAACCAUCUUCCAUCAAAUCCGGACCCUCUCCGAUGCCGUGAGCAAUGACAAGUCCUUCCACCCCAACUUAAGGCUCCCAUUAUCCUCCAUCAACGUGUACCCGCGCCAUGGAAACAUUCCCAGCAGCAGGCCCGCCUGUGCCGCCGGGCUUCCGGCCAGUGAUACGGGCCUGAAUCCGGCCCGGCCCAAUUCAUCCCCCCACCUCUCCACUCUUUCCUCUCCAUUCCUCUUGGGCCCACCCACUGCCACAAUAUUCCUGAUUUCGCCUCCCAGCACUUGCUGCUCUACUGUGUGCCGCUCAAUGCUAUUGGGCCCAGGCCCAAGCCCAAGCCCAUCAUCCAACGCAUCGAAAAGCGCAGAAGCCUCCACGAAACGGCCGAGGAACCCGCCUGAGUGGCUGAGGUCCUGCUCGACGACGGUGAUGAGCUUGGGCUUGAUUAGGGCGGAGGGUUUGAAGGUCGUUGCCGGUGACGUCGUAGAGGCAGUGGUGCAUCCAGUGGACGAUGAUGGUUUCCCCCGAUUUGAUUCCGAGCUGGCUAGGGUUUGUGAGGCUGCCGAUUUUGCCCUGGACGGGGUGGAAUUCGAAGGGGAUGCCGAGGGAGGAGGCGAAUUCGGAGAGGCGGCGGCCGGUGGAGGCGAGGAGGUCGGAGGAGGGACCGAGGGCGGUCAGUCGGAGGGAGCUGAUUUUGCGGGGUUUCGAGGCGAGGAUGUGGAAGAGGCCGGGCCACUGGAGGCCCUGCAUCACGUCGAGGUCGAUGACGUGGACGCGUUCGGAGGAGGAAGGGGAGGAUAG